AUGCCGGCUUCUCAUGCUUUGCGUUCCUAUGCUCCUUGGGCAGGUGAAAUAUUAAAUACAAUAUCUUUCACAAUUUUGAAACUAAUCCAAGCUACAAAAAGCUCAGACACGUUUGAGCACAUUUAAGCCGCAACGCCAUAUUAAGUCCACGGAUUACUUUGCUCUCACGAUUGAGUUUUUUGGUUGGUAGUUUUCGAGGAAGUUGUUGUUUUAUAGCACCUAAAAAGAUCGAGAAAAAGGAAAGUAAACGGUAAAAUCAAAAUCAGAACUGUCUGUUGUUCAGGCUUCGUCUCAAGCUGCAUGCACGAUUAUGUUUGCUUUUUUUACAUAAAGUGAAAGACAGGAUGGUUUUCUGUUAUCUAAUUCAUUACAAUGCACACUACUGGUUAGUGUGUAAGUUAUACAGAUGCUUACACAAACAAAAUAUAAAAACUCUUUUUAAAUAGUAAUUUCAUCAAUUUGAGGUCACGGGUACAUCUCUCAGGAAUGAAGAGUAUUAUUUUUUUAACCAGAAUUGGAGGACUAAAUUGGGAAUUUGUGCUGAUUAAAGGCAAAAUGUCGUCAUCGUGAUGGACUGGGUACAGCACACAACUGUUCCCUCUUCUCCAGUGUAAAGUAAGGUUUUAUGUUUAUCUUCUUUGUUUUUCUAUUUGUUUGUUUUCUACAGCUUGUAAAAAUGAAUUGAUGAAGUUGGUUCAAGAGGCAAAAGGUACUAUGAUUAUCCGCCAUUAAGCAGUUGAUAUUUCUGAUGGGAGGUGGGUGUACAGAUACGAGGGGCCAGUGUAAAACUCUUUACUUCAGGUCGAGUUUGGUCUUCCAAUUUUUCUCUGGGAGGACUGCUUGAUCUUUUAUUCAAAAUUUGCGGGUCGGUGCUCUACCUGAAUAAUUUGAACAUUAUCUAUGCGAAUAUUUUUUAUCGCGACAGAAAUAAAUAUUCCAGAUAUAUUCCUUUUACUUAAGGUGGAAAAUAACACAUCACGAAUUAUUUUAUUUUUUUUAAAGCACAAAAUUAUUCUUUUAUUUAAUUUUCAGAUUAGGGGAGGUUUAAAUCUUUUAAUUGUGUAAGUUUUUUUGGCCCACAGUUUGUAGGAGGUUUUUAACACCUGCGGCACAAAAGUUCGCUAAACACGCACGAGAAAAUAUCCAGUUUAACAAUGAGAUUGUUACGGCUGGAAAAGAGCUUGCUGAUGGCGAAAUAGAUACAAAAGGUUGGUUAAAAAGUUUCUAUGUCAGUUUUAUUGUACCGGAUGUCAGUUAAAAUUACAACGUGCUUGCAAUGCAGUCGUAAACUGGCAACGAUAAAGAAUCCUGUUAGAUUGGGAUUUUGACAACGUCGUGAACCUCACUAGUUUGACAAUGCUUUUAUACUUAACUAAAAAAUCAAUAUUCACCAUAAGCAGAAAUAUGUCAAGCCCCUCUAGUGUGUUUGUUUUUUUAAUACCAGCAUACUUAAAAAACUAAGCGAUGAAGAACUGAGUUUCCAUCGCUGCAAAGAAACCAUUACAAACUUCACAAGAAGAAGGUUCUUUUGUAGCUCCCUUAAAACAACCUCAGCCGCAUCCAUCUUUUUACAAGCAUUUGAUGUAAAAAUGUCAAUGUCCAACAUAUAUUGCCUGAAUCCGGCUAACUGAUUCACAGGUGACCCUCCAGAGGAAAAGAAAGUGGAGAAGGCGGAGAAAAUGGCAGCCAAUCUGACUUAUCGCGGUAACAUCAAGCAGGCUUCCUUAUGCUUUUUACAACAUACACCCAACGAUGACGAAAGGCGGAACAGGCUAAUCUAUCACCUCAAAAAACGUGACGUAAACAUCAUGCCGAGAGAAUAUCCAAGCCACAUUAACGAAAAAUAAAUUAAAAAGAGCUUACCUAAUGCGACACUGUCGAACAUUUUUAAGAAGCAGUGGAUGACCCAUCAUAGACACCACUAGUACUUAAUGUUCCUAAUAUUUGACUUCGCGGGUAGCUACGUUGUCAACGUGUGCAACUGUAAUGAUCUUUUAAGUUAAAAUUUUUAUCGAUGAUUUAUAGGCAUCAAAUGAGGGUCUUCUUUACCAAAUUAGUUAAGGAUACUAUAAAUGUUUUUCACGCUAUUUUAGAUUAUUUUUUAAUAAUGCCUAAAUCAUCACAUGUAAGUAAAUGUUCCGUAAUAGAUGGCAUCUCACUGAAUAUUUUCUUCUCCAAUCCACAGGCUAUAUAUACAGAGUAAAUCCACAUGGCAGCAAAGUGAGUUACAGAGCUUUAAAAAUAACCAGCCUAGUUUGUAACCGUGAUCACAUUGUCAGCCAAUAGAUCAUCAUUCCCCCAAUUAUAUAAUAUGAAACUUGAACACAACGAGCCGAUGAUGUUUCAGCCAUUCGUAAUAGUUGUCAAAGAAAGUCCUCCAAAUAUUCUCAGCUUCAUUGCAAGCUGUUCAUCGUAACCAGCCAACAAAAGCAUUUGGUUUGCAUAACUGAUUUUCUUAACAAUAAACCUGCCAGUAGUUUGAGUAAACUAUUACUAAGGUGAAUCACUGUGGAAACAUUUUCAUCUUUCAGGGAGAUGUGAUGCUACCAUUUGAAGCAUAUAAGAAGGUAAGCGGGGCCUACAGCUAAGUUUCUAUGCCUUCAAACCCAACUAUUCUCAAGAAAAAAAUUACAAUCCUCCUUCUCCGGCGUUGCUAUUAAAAUUUUAUGAAAGAUUUCAUCAUGAGUGAGAGACUGCAUGGCCUUGUGAGGUCAGUCUUGAGUGCAAUAGACAAAGCCCAGACUGUGUGUCAUCCAUUAUGAAGGGGGUAAGUUUCUAGAGAAACUGUUGUGCUGUGCCCCCCUGGUUAACAAUGUAUUGAUAUUGUGAGGAGACAUUACUAAGUUUCACACCUAAGUUUGAAAGGGGUUCAGUAACCUUCAAGUUAUCCUUAAUUUUCUUUGUCUUGUUUUGUUUUGUUUUUUUUACAUUGGGCAGGAUACUCCCCCAGAGUGUAAAACUCUGAUCACAGGCUUUCUGGAAAGAAACAGCCAUGCUGGUAGAAGUGAUUAAGCUGAUGGCAGCAUACAUGUGAAACUUCUGAAAGUUUUUAAAAUGCUUCACUGUCAUCCAGUGGUUAACUGUUAGUGACAAUAAAAAUUGAGUGUAUCACACAAACUUCAGGGGUUAGUUUCAUUUUCAGUUUUUCGGAGAGGUUUGUU